AUGGCGCAGUGGUGGCCUCUGCUCAUCAUUGGUUACCUGUCCAUGUACCUGGCAGCCGCUCAGCACCACAGGAAAGCUUUGUAUCCAUCCGCGUAUAGGAUAAAGCGCGGGGCAUAUUCGCUGGUCAACCCCACGUUCCAACAUUCGAAGGAGGAUGUCGACCUGCUUUUUGAGAUCCUGCUAGCUGGAAUGCAGAUCCAAGGUGGGGAACACGAAAUGCUGAUCGCCGACAAGGAGCUGGCCUCCAUGAGAAGCGUGGACAAGCUGGAGGUCAUCUGUGAGGACGUCCUGCCCAAGAGGCUCUCGGACAUUCGCCGCCUGACAGCGGAGCUCGCCCGGCGCCAGCAACCUCUGAGCUGGCAGGACUUUGAGAGGACGAUGCUGACCCUGGUGUACGCCGCUCAGACGCUGGCUGGAGUCAGCAGCCAGCCGCAGAGGGAGGCGUGGACGGACGCUGUGAUGCAGCUGUUCAGAGCCAUUCAGAAAGACCUCCGACCCUCAUGA